UGCAAAACAAAGAGCAGAAAAAAAAGCACAAACAAACUUCUUCCCAGCAAAGGCCAUUUUACUGCCCCAUAUUUGUUGUUGCGAAUGGACGUCAUCGAAAUUAGCGAUAGCGAACGCGAAGAGAUCUCUUCAUCAUCUGAUAUGGAAGUGGAGAUGACCGAAGUCGAUGAAGUCGAGCAAAUUGUGCCCAAAGACACCGCAACUAUUGCCGAGGAGAAAAAGAAACUGGGCAACGACCAAUACAAGGCACAGAACUAUCAGAAUGCUCUGAAGUUGUACUCGGAUGCCAUUUCGCUAUGUCCAGAUUCGGCUGCCUAUUAUGGCAAUCGUGCCGCCUGUUAUAUGAUGUUGCUCAACUAUAACAGCGCCCUUACGGAUGCCCGUCAUGCGAUUCGUCUGGAUCCCAGUUUCGAGAAGGCUUACGUGCGUGUGGCCAAGUGCUGCUUGGCACUGGGCGACAUCAUUGGCACCGAGCAGGCAAUUAAGACUGUCCUGGAAUUGGAGCCGCAGAGCUCGGCUCUCACUAGCGAGCAGCAGUCCGUGCAGAAGCUGCGCCAAUUGGAGACCACUGUACAGAACAAUUACGACACACAAGCCUAUCGGAAUGUAGUCUUCUAUUUGGACAGCGCUCUAAAGAUAGCGCCAGCCUGUCUUCGAUACCGCUUGCUGAAGGCCGAGUGUCUGGCCUAUUUGGGACGUUGCGAUGAGGCCUUGGAUAUCGCCGUUGGCGUCAUGAAACUGGACAGCACUUCCGCUGAUGCCAUUUAUGUUCGUGGUCUAUGCCUUUACUAUACGGACAAUCUGGAGAAGGGUAUACUGCACUUUGAGCGCGCACUGCAACUGGACCCCGAUCACCAGAAGUCGAAGCGCAUGCGCAGCAAAUGCAAGCAGCUCAAGGAGAUGAAGGAAAAUGGAAAUAUAUUGUUCAAGUCGGGACGCUAUCGCGAGGCACAUGUCGUUUACACCGACGCACUGAAAAUUGACGAGCACAAUAAGGAUAUUAACUCUAAGCUACUUUACAAUCGUGCGCUUGUCAAUACGCGCAUCGGCUCACUACGUGAAGCUAUUCUUGACUGUAAUCGCGUGCUGGAACUCAACGCGCAGUAUUUGAAGGCGCUGUUGCUGCGCGCCCGCUGCCACAAUGAUCUCGAGAAGUUUGAGGAGGCGGUAGCCGAUUAUGAGACAGCUCUACAGUUGGAAAAGACACCGGAGAUAAAGCGUUUACUGCGCGAUGCCAAGUUUGCGUUGAAGAAGUCCAAGCGAAAGGAUUAUUACAAGAUAUUGGGCGUAUCACGCACUGCGACUGAGGAUGAGAUUAAGAAGGCUUAUCGCAAGAAGGCCCUGGUCCAUCAUCCGGACAGGCAUGCGGGCAGCAGUGUCGAAAAUCGUAAAGACGAGGAGCUCAAAUUCAAAGAAAUCGGCGAGGCCUACGCAAUCCUUUCCGAUGCUCGCAAGAAAAAUCGUUAUGACAGUGGACACGACAUCGAGGAGCAAGAACAAGCUGACUUCGAUCCAAAUCAAAUGUUUCGUUCGUUCUUCCAAUUCAGUGGUGGUCGAAAUGCAUCCUUCAAUUUUGAUUAUUGAGCUCGCAAAGGAGCAGAGGCAGACACAGUCUUGCCAGCCACACCGCCACACAAUUGCGACAAUUCAUGCACAAAUCGGAGUCUGCAUUUUACACACUUACAUUCAUUUGUCCCAAUACACAACACAUCCAAAAACCCGACAUCAGCAAGUUUCAAAUAAUUCUGGGGUUUUUCUCUUUAUGUUAAGCGUUUCGCUUUCCAUUUUGGCAUGCAAAACAU